CCCACCUUCCUCUUUCUCUUUUCCUCCGCGGCCCCGUCCGUCGUUGGCUUUACCACUGGCGGGUUCCCACACGGGCCAGACGCCGCCACCGCUGACCCCGUCUACACCGAAUCCCCUCGCGAUUUAACACCCCUCUCUCGCGGCCUUCCCUCCCCACGCGCACACCAAACACGCACGCUGCUCGUUUCGUGGCCUCUUUCUCUCUCCGUUUCCUCGCAGAUCUCCGCGGGGUCGUGCGGUUUCUUGAUUCGGACUUCCCGGGGUCGGAUCUUGGCGGCGGGAGAUGGGCAACUGCUGCGUGACGCCGGGGGAAGCCGCCGGCGACGGGGGCGCUGGCAAGAAGCAGAAGCAGCCGAAGCAGAAGAAGGGCAAGAAGCCGAACCCCUUCUCCAUCGAGUACAACCGGUCGGCACCGCCGGGGCCAAAGCUGGUUGUGCUGCGGGAGCCCACGGGGCGGGACAUCGCCGCGCGGUACGAGCUGGGCGGGGAACUCGGGCGAGGGGAGUUCGGGAUCACCUACCUCUGCACGGACCGCGCCACAGGGGAGGUCCUCGCCUGCAAGUCCAUCUCCAAGAAGAAGCUUCGCACCCCCGUCGACGUCGAGGACGUGCGCCGCGAGGUGGAGAUCAUGCGGCACCUCCCCAAGCACCCCAACAUCGUCACCCUCAGGGACACGUACGAGGACGACAAUGCCGUGCACCUCGUCAUGGAGCUCUGCGAGGGCGGGGAGCUUUUCGACCGGAUCGUCGCUCGGGGCCACUACACGGAGCGCGCCGCUGCCUUGGUCACCCGCACCAUCGUCGAGGUCGUGCAGAUGUGCCAUAAGCAUGGAGUGAUGCACAGGGAUCUCAAACCAGAGAAUUUCUUGUUUGCAAACAAGAAAGAAACAGCGGCUCUUAAGGCAAUUGAUUUUGGCCUGUCUGUAUUUUUCACUCCAGGCGAAAGGUUCACUGAGAUUGUUGGAAGUCCUUAUUACAUGGCUCCGGAGGUGCUAAAGAGAAAUUACGGCCCAGAAGUUGAUGUUUGGAGUGCAGGAGUGAUUCUUUACAUUCUCCUUUGUGGUGUUCCUCCAUUCUGGGCAGAAACUGAACAGGGUGUUGCUCAAGCAAUUAUUCGUUCCAUCAUUGAUUUUAAAAGAGAUCCAUGGCCAAGGGUCUCUGAUAACGCAAAAGAUCUUGUCAGGGGAAUGCUCAAUCCAGAUCCAAAACGGCGAUUAACAGAUCAGCAAGUGCUUGAUCAUCCAUGGUUGCAGAACAUUAAGAAAGCUCCAAAUGUCAAUUUGGGUGAAACUGUUAAGGCUAGACUUCAACAAUUCUCUGUGAUGAACAAGUUCAAGAAGCAUGCACUUAGGGUCAUAGCUGAGCAUCUUUCAGUAGAAGAGGCUGCUGACAUAAAGGAUAUGUUUGAGAAGAUGGAUCUUAACAAAGAUCAGAUGAUAAAUUUGGAUGAACUGAAGCUUGGUCUGCAUAAGAUUGGGCACCAAAUGCCUGAUGCAGAUGUGCAAAUACUAAUGGAAGCUGCGGAUGCUGAUGGAAAUGGAUCCUUGGACUAUGGAGAAUUUGUUACUCUAUCUGUUCACCUCAGAAAGAUUGGCAAUGAUGAGCAUCUACAUAAGGCAUUUGCAUAUUUUGAUCGAAACCAGAGUGGAUAUAUCGAAAUAGAUGAACUUCGCGAGUCAUUAGCUGAUGACCUGGGACAAAAUCCUGAAGAGGUUAUCAAUGCCAUCAUCCGUGAUGUAGACACUGAUAAGGAUGGCAUGAUAAGCUACGAUGAGUUUGCGGCAAUGAUGAAGGCUGGAACAGACUGGAGGAAAGCAUCAAGACAGUAUUCAAGAGAACGGUUCACCAGCCUGAGCCUAAAGCUGCAAAAGGAUGGAUCGUUGCAGAUGACAAGUACACGGUAGCGGAUAACACCAAUAGGCAAGUUGUGAAUUCCAGAUGAAAACCUUGUGUAGUUUUCUGGUUGUUUUGUUGACAACUACUUCUGUUCGUCUCGAUGUUCUAUUGAUUUCUAUUCUUCACUCGUUACCCGUUUGAAGCAUUAGGGGAUUGUUAAUGCUUUGAUUGUAUUUAGACUAUACGAUCCACGCCUCACGGAUGUCCACUCCUUGGGCAAAGUGUACUGUACAAGAGAAAGAGAAAAAAAAAGUGGUUGUACGCAUUUCUCUACUUUUGUA